AUGGCGCGCAGAAAGAAGUCCAGCAAGUCCAGCAAGUCCCCCAAAACCUCAUCUUCCAGCGUGUCUCCGCCUGGAAAAGGAGCUCGCCUCAGUUCCGGCUCUUCCAAAUCAACCAACUCGUCCAACAGCCCCUCAGCAAAAGACAAAGGCCUCCCUGCAUUCCUGCCAUCGGAACGCGUUUCGAAAAAUCCUCGCAAUGAGACAAAGGGACCGCCCUUCGUCACUCCUCGCCACACGCCAGCCGAGAUGAAGAAGGACUUGGAUGCCUUUGGCUUCGCCGCGGAUGAAGUCACGGAGAUGAUCAGCCGCAAAGAUGCCGACUGGGACCCGGCAAUGCCAGGAUGUAUCUACGACGGUGUUGCGAAAGCCCAGGUUCUUAGGGAGAAGAGGGAGAGAGGGGUGAAGAAGAAUGUCUUGAAAGCGGACAAGGAGACGUAUAAACCGCUCCGCCUGAACCCUGAUCGCCCUAACUGGGUGCUGUUCGAUGCAAACAAAGGCUUCGGGUCAACAGGCAGCGAUCCACCAGCCUUUGUCGAAGCCCUGGCGACUUUCAAACCGAACAACAAGCGCGUCUUGGAGUACAACAUCGAAUCGGACAGUGGGAAGGAAGUGGAGUAUACCGACCUGGGGCCGAAGAUCGUCGACAGCAUUCUCAUCCCGGAGAAGAAGGGAGAUGGCAGACCAAGCAAACAUCCCCUUUCGAACGUCAUUGUGGGAGACGAUGAAGUUGUGGAGACCAGCGUCGCCGCAGACCAAGUGGGCAAACACACCGACGCGGAGUUCCCGGCCAAGACGACCACCCCGAAGCUACCGGGCAAGACGAGCACCCCGAAGCUACCGAGCAAGACCAGCGCCGAUGAAGCCACGACAAACGAGCAAGUGGAAGAUACGAUUACGGUGCAACAUCCACGUCGUCAAUCACGCAAAUCCUCUCUCUCUGCAGAUGCCGACGUGAAACAGGAAACGGAGGAAGGCGACGUGCUUGCAGACCCGGCGGACACAACCACCGCCGUCGACAAGGCCGAUGAAUCUGAAGAAGAUACCAUGGUGAAGAGACUGCGCGGUCGGAAGCAGAGCCCCAGCUGCGAAGUCUGCAAGGAAAGAUAG